AUGACACUAGUCUCAGACGAUCCUAGUUAUUGGCCACUCAUCAACUCCUGGCGUAUUGGCAGCUAUUUUAUAGUUGCCGCUGGUGUUGCAGUGACGUAUGAUUGGGUAUUUCCAGCCCUUACGUUCGGACAAGAGGUCGAACUGGUCUGGGUGAGCACAGUUCCACGUCAGAAGAAUACUAUUGAUCAGCGACAGAGACAACGUUGGUCCCUGAUGACCGUUCUCUAUCUGACUGUGCGCUAUCUUGGAAUGUUCUUUGUCGUCAUAGACAUACUGGUCAAUGUUCCGACGAUCUUGUUGACAGAUGCAGGAUGCCGGAUUCUGUACAUCGUGUAUGAUUGGACGAGUGUUGUAGCAUUUCCAAUGCUGUGUGCCAUCAUGAUCGCUCGGUUAGGUGCCAUGUAUCAACGAUCCACAAGGAUCCUGAUAUUUCUCGUCGUCGUGCCAUUGGCUGUCAACAUUCUCGACGUAGCGGUCACUGUAAUGACAACGAGGCUUGCUUCAGGAGAGGAACUCAUUCUCUCUGGCACCUAUGCGUGCAUGAUUGGCUAUGCGGACAAUUCCCCACUUCUGUCUUCCAUGACUUGGAUCCUCGGCACUGUCUGGGAGGUCCUCGCGCUGUGUCUUGCAGUCUGGAUUGCUGUAAAACACUUUCGUGAACUGCGGCAAUAUUCGGCAGGAGGGAUUAUCGGCGACUGUUUUACGGUGUUGAUAAAAUCCCAUGUGCUUUACUUUGCGAGUUAUGUUGCUCUGUCUUGCUUCAAUCUCAUUCUUGAUGUGUCUCCAACGAUCUUAGCGGACCAAUAUUCCCUAGAAACUCAGACGCUUCUUGGUUUAGGUCAGAUUUUUCAAGUCAUGCAGGCCUUUGUGCUAGGACCACGCCUCAUCCUUAGCGUCCGAGAAUACCACGCUCAGCUCCUGGUCGACUCUGAUGCAGCAACCGCCAUGACCUCAAUCGCUUUCCAGGAGCGCGUGCAAAUAUCGACAGGCAGUGGCGUGUAG